AUGACAUUUGCUUCGCCUGGCCUUCGCGCUGCCCGUUCCGCCAUCAUGUCAACAGGCUGUGCUCACCUUCGACCACGACGAUUUGCACCGCUGGAUGCUGGGAAAUCCUCUGAUGCCCCAGUACUCAAGGGUAUUGUGUUUGACGUGGAUGGAACAUUGUGUCUGCCGCAACAUCACAUGUUUACAGAAAUGAGAGAUGCCCUUGGCAUUGAGAAAUCAGUCGAUAUUCUCAAUCACAUCCGAGACCUGCCGACCGCUGAAGAGCGCGAUGCGGCCAUCGCUCAAGUUCAGGAUGUAGAGCGACGCGCCAUGCUGCGCCAAGAACCACAGCCGGGUCUCAUGAAACUCAUGGAUUAUCUGCAAUCUCGAGGUCUUCGUCGGGCCCUCUGUACCCGGAAUUUUGAGGCUCCCGUUCAAUAUCUGCUCCAAAAUCACCUCCCUUCACAUGACUUCUUACCGAUCAUUACUCGUGAUACCCCCAAUGUGCUCCCUAAGCCUGAUCCAGCCGGGAUUCUGCACAUUGCGCAAGAAUGGGGACUGACCAACCGGGCAGAGAGCAUGAUUAUGGUCGGGGACAGCCUUGAUGAUAUGACAUCUGGUCAUGAAGCCGGCGCUGCAACGGUGCUGGUGGUUAAUGAGAGGAAUGGCCAUCUCAAAGCGCAUGCUCACACAGACCUGUGCAUAAGGCGUCUGGAUGAGUUGAUCGAUAUCCUCGAAAGCGGGUUUCUGGGCCGUGAAGAGAGUGACAUGCAUGGGGAGAAACGGUAG